AUACCUGCAGGGAGCCUCUGCUCAUCACUCUGCUGGGAGCCUCGCCUCGCUAAGCGAACAACCUGCUACCUGAAGUCAGACCUGCGAAGGAACACAGGAGAAUGGCCUCUGGAGUUGCAGCUCUGCUCCUGCUGGGCGUCGUGUGCUCUGGGUUGGUGGCAGGUGAGGUUGCCAUGGACUGCUGUCUGGACAAAUCCUACAAGAUGCUGCCGCUCAGGAUCCUCUCAGACUACAAGAUCCAGGAAGCGGAUCAAGGCUGUGACAUCAGCGCAACCCUGUUUAUUACAAAGACAGGAAGAAUCCUGUGCGUUGCUCACCCCAGCGAGAGAGAGUGGGUGGAAAAGCACAUCAAACUGCUGAACAGGAGGAAAGAAUAGGAGCCAAACUCCAAAGUGGAAGCUACACCUGUCUGUGAAUCUGGUCAGAAUCUCAGAGUGGUCGUUUUGAGCUGAAGAACCGGCGCUCGCUGUCCACGUUGUGUUUGUUUCUUUCCGUUUGUGGUGACUGAGUGUUGGUGAAUGGAUCCUUCUUUUCUUUGAGUGAAAUAUACUACAGAGAAACACUGACUGGCCCUGAUUUGCCUGAAGCUAAUGCAAUGCAAUGUGAAUGCAAUUGUGAGGAAAUCUCUUUCAUGCACCUUUAAACCUGUAAUGUUGAAAGUCAUUUUAUAAAUAAAGUUUGAUUUUAUUUUCUAA